ACGAUAACAUUCGCCUCCCACCAUCCUCUUGCCAACCACCAAUUCUUUUAAGAUUUUCAGUUUCUACUACAUAUCUCUAAUUCUCCAAAUUUUAGAUGACAAUUUUAUUAUUGUUUACUGUAUUUUUUGGGUUUAUACCCUUUACAGAAGUUGAAGCAUGUAUGCCUGGAUACGAAGCUGAAAGAGAUCGAUUAAGGGAACAUUUAGGAAUUGAAUGGAUCCAAAAUGGACUCUCAAAAUCAGGUUGGACAGAAUCAAAAGCAAUUCGUCAUUCAGCUGACCUUAACUGCGAUUUCACUCAUCCUGAAAAAUGUGAAUGGAAGAAUAUGGCCGAUGAAAAACAAAUGGACUCGAGAGAUUUCUAUCUUUUUGAGAAAAUUGACUACACCGAGUUUCCUGUUCUACGUGUAGGACCGGGUCCAUCGAAAAUUCAACAAGGUGAUAAAAUGAUAUUUGUCGGAGAUAAAAAACGUGAAGAGCAGCAUGCAAUUUUCUAUUCGUCACCAAUAAACUGCCAGAACUCAACCGGAAACUUAACAUUUACGUAUUGGGUGUACAAUAGCGCUCGAGUUGAAGUAAUUUUACUGGAAGAUGAUGGGAAAGGAGGUUAUAAAAUGAUUUUUGAUGAUCCAUCUGAAGAAAAACCAUACGUUGACUGUGGGACUAUUCAAUUGAAUACAGAAUGUCAUGCUGAAAUACCACCACGUGACAAACCAUUUAGAAUUGGAAUUCGAGCUUAUGGAAUAUCCAACACUGAUGGAUCUUUCGUUAUGAUUGACAAUAUUCUGUAUUCAGCUAGUUUAUGUAAAGUAGGAAUUGACGUGGGAGACACUUUUAAAUCGUACUCCUUGGAAACUGGAGCAAGUGGAAAACAUAUCGAUACAGCUGCUGAACUGAAAUGUGACAACUUUGAUACAAAAUGCCGUUGGAGAUCUGGUGGAGAUGCCAUGGUGAUGUGGCGCCGGUCAUCAUCCAUUCUCCCAAGUCCUCUUCUCAUGAAUGCCACUGGAAGUACAGUAGGACCACGUGGAGGUUAUGCAGUACUUUAUGUUGAACAGGGGACCCAGAAAAAAUCAUUGGAUAUUUUGAGAUCUGAUCCUAUUACAUGCCAAAGUUUAACGGAAAACGAAUUCACUUUUAGAUUCUGGGAGUUUGGGCAGAUUGAACUUGAAGCCUGUGCUGUCGAUCUUAUGCUUAAAGACAUUGAAUGUGUUCCUAUUCCACGUGGUAGUUCACCUGCAAACGUCAAGUUGACAUUUAGAAAAGCGACUAAAAAUUUCAUGAUAAUCAUUAGGGUGUCAUCUUUGAAUCCAGAUUUUGAUAACAUGGUAAUAGUAGAUGAUAUAUCUUAUCGUGCAACCCUUUGUACUGAUGCUCUUUCUGUAUUCGAUAUUGGAGAUUCAUUUGUUUCAACUCCAAUGCUAUCAUUACUUCUCAGUAGAAAUGUUCACACAGCUCAAGAUCUUUCGUGUGAUUUCUCAAAAAGAGCAUCUGCUUGUCUUUGGGGAAUGUUGAAUCAAGAUGAAGAAUCAUCUGAAAUUGCAUCAAAUUCUUGGACAGUUGGACAUGGGCCAUUGAAUGAGGAGAAACUUUAUUCUUUAACUGGAAUAUCUGAUAUGCCUGAAGGAGAAUUUGGAUUGGCAAGAUUUGAAACUGGAGGAAGUGCUGUUCUUCUAUCAGAAGUUGUUCGAUGUGCAUUGGAUAAUGUUCAUGUUCAAUUUAAACUCUGGACAACAGGCACUGCAAAGAUUAAGGUAUGUCUCGUCGAAGAAUCAUCACCAUCUCUUCUCGAUUGUCAAGAUGCCAGCAGUGGAGAUGUUGUCGUAGAUUUGCCACGUAUUCGUCGCCCAUUCCGUGUUGCUUUUUCUGCAGAAGCAGAAGAUCAAGGAAUGGUUCUGAUUGAUAAUAUCGUUGUGACUGGUCAAAUUUGUCCACCAACUGCUGCAAGACAGUUUUCUUCGAAAACUUUCCGUCCAACUGCGGAUAUGCCUGAUCCAAAUGUUUGCAGACUUUUGUCGUGUGAUUUCCAUUUGGGGCAUGCUUGUCUUUACGAGAGUUCACAAGUUUCAAACUCUGCAAUGCACGGUGUUGCAAAUCGAAAGUUGAAUGCAUUCCUGACACGUUCAAAGAGAGUUUUUAUUCUCGAAUCACCACAAUUUCGAUUGAAUACGGUAGCAAGGCUACACUUUGAUUACAAACUACAGGGUGAUGCGAAUUUAUUCAUUUGUAAUGACAGUGGGACAAAAGAAUUAGAAAGUUGUUUUAAAGUCGAAGGAAGAGAAGGAAAUGAUUAUAUCGAAUUACUGGCAAGUGAUACAAAAGUCUACAUAAUAUCUCGUCUCUCUGAAUCUGGAAAAUCUGGAUCUCUUGAAAUUUCAAAAAUCGUUUUCACUGAUACAAGUGAUCAAUCUAUUUGUUAAAUUAUUUGUUCAACUUGUUAUUUAAUUUCCGAAAAUGCCAUAUUCGAGUUCCUGAAUAUAUCUAGGUACUGUUGACUCAAUGAUUCACUUUACUGGAAUUAUUCUGGUUCUCUAGCCAUAAUUCUGUCUAUUAUCUGAAAAUGUGCAAUUGUAAAUCUAGAUCCAUUCUUAAUGACCGGUUCCUUCCAGACGUCUCACCUUUUGACUUAAUAAAUUCGAAUUCCACAU